GUUCCUAUCGGCAGCAUGUGCGUUGGCUCCGGUAGCCUGCUUGUUUCACGUUGGUAAAAAUAAAAAUAAAAAAACUGCGCGUGCUUGUCUCCGCCCUCCUCGGGGAGCAGGGUGCGUGGAAAUCAAGCUCCUCCUUCUCCUCUCCCAUUCCCCGUGCUUGUUUCUCAUCAUCAUCAUCAUCAUCAACAUGAACACGAACAGGAUGGAGGCCCUGCUGAAUGAUUGGCUGUGGCAGGAGGAGUACUGGCUCCCUCCUGGUAUCUCCUGGCAGGACACUGAGAUGGAGCAAGGCGAGGGCCACUUUCCUCUACCCAGGGAUCUCAUCUACACCCUGCCUCUGGCCGUUGUCUUUAUAGUCCUCAGAUAUGUAUUUGAAAGGAUCAUCGCCAUUCCUUUCAGCAAAUGUUUAGGUGUGAAGGAUCGGGUUCGCAUUCGAGCCACGUCCGUCCCAAAGCUGGAGACGUUCUACAAACACAACAGUCGGCAGCCAUCGCAGAGUGAAGUGGUGAGCUUGAUGAAGCUGUGUGGGCUCUCACAAAAAAAGAUCCAGACGUGGUUCAAACACAGAAGGAACCAGGACCGACCUAGCAACACAAAAAAGUUCUGCGAGGCAUCGUGGAGAUUUGUGUUCUACCUGAUCUCGUUCACAGCAGGCCUCUGCUCUCUAAUAAAUACUCCGUGGUUCUGGGAUCAGAAAGAGUGCUGGACGGGUUAUCCUAAACAGCCUGUGGCAGAUGUUCAUUACUGGUAUUACAUGCUGGAGAUGAGUUUCUAUUUGUCCCUGCUUCUCAGCAUUUCUGUGGACGUCAAACGAAAAGACUUUAAGGAGCAGGUGAUUCAUCACAUCGCCACCUUGUUCCUUAUUAGUUUCUCUUACUGUGCCAACUAUGUGAGGGUUGGCACCUUGGUGAUGCUGGUGCACGAUUCGUCUGACUUCAUCCUCGAGUCUGCCAAGAUGUUGCACUAUGCAGUGUGGACAAGGACAUGUGACUCUCUGUUUAUCGUCUUUGCUGUUGUUUUCCUGGUUACCAGACUGGUGGUGUUUCCUAGCAGAAUCAUCCACACCACCAUGGUGGUCUCUAUGGACUUCUUCCAGCCCUUCUUUGGUUAUUAUUUCUUCAACGCUCUGCUGUUAGUGCUACAGGCGCUGCACGUCUUCUGGGCCUACCUCAUUGUGCGGAUGGCUUUUAAAUUUGCCUUCAUGGGCAAGGUUGAGAAAGAUGAACGCAGUGAUGCAGAAAGCGAGGUGGAUGAAAACGAAGAGGAAGAGGAGGAUGAGGAGUCAGAGGAAGAAAGGGAUGGAUCCAACUGGGAGCAACAGAAAGAGAGGAUCAACUCCAAAAGGACAUCUCUGGCUAAGAACUGUGUCCUGAACAACCUGACCAACCAGAGGAACAUAAGCAGCAGGCUGCCUAAAGCCAGAUAGUGGAGCUGUUCCCUCCAUCUGCUUUCAGAGAAAAACUCCUUCCUGUCAUCAGUUCAAUGAAUAAAGCUUAUGUGCAUCGGGGUCACUUCACAGUAGUUGUUCAUCAUACUCUUCUUCAAAGCACAAAGGACCGUGUAAACGUACAUCAUUAGUGAGACUAUAGGACAAGAUGCUAAAACACCUCGGGUAAAAUAAACGAUUAUUAACAGAUCAGUCCUUCUUCAUGUCUAACUGUAGAGUCUGUAUUUAUGCUGCUUUUUAUAAGUCAUUUGUAAAUAUCUACGGAAAGGAACUGCUUAAUUCAUCAUUUGUUUUUCGAGGGACUAAGUUUGAUUAGACUGUUAAGUGAAAUGUGGUGUGAUGUAUUUUAGGCAGAAGAAUCCUAAAGCUAUCUUUUAUUUGUAAUGAACCCCCACGGCUCGAUAGUUCCUUUUGUAGACAAUAUUUGAAAUCUUGUAAUUUGUUUAAAAACUUUUUUUAUAUAUAUUUGUUGUAGUUUUACUUUUUUUAAAUGAAAACCUAAGCAAUGCUGCGGAAACUCAGAUAAAGCUUCUGGUGUUUAACAGCCACAGCGCCCCCUUCUGUACAAAGAGGAUGUUCUCUGCUUUCAGUGUCAUUUUCCCUUCUUUUUUUUUUAUCAAACCCAAAAAUUCCAACCCUUGAGCAAUAUUCAGUCUCUAGUUGCUGUAAACCCAUGACUAGCAGCAUGAUUUAUGAAGGUUUGCACCACUGGAGUUUUGUUUUUGUGCCUUAGGUCGCUGUAUUUGUCACUAUUUUGUAACGAGCUCUCAGAAUGACGUUUGUGUGCUUAUCUGGUUCCCUUCAUUGUACAUAAGCAAGAGAACAAUGUCACCUGGGUUAGCCAUGAAAGGCAGAUGUUUGAUGGUCAGAUGUUUUUAUUCUUGCAUUGUCAAACCAUUUUUACAUGAAUCUGCUGGUAUUGUGUAAUCUACUGAUAAUCUAAACACAUAUUUAUUCUGUACACUGGAGCUCAGUCAAAUAUGCUGCUGCAAAAAGAAACUGCUCCUCAACUCGUUAGUGUUAUUCACCUUUGAGUGUGCUCACAAUCUGUAUAGGAUGUGUAAAUUUUCCCUGGUGUUGAAAAUCAAAAGGGCUGAUCCACCAAAUAACAAAAAAAGACCCAGUAGAAUAUUGCUUUUUUUAUUAGAUAUUAGAAAAAAUAAUAAAAAGAAAUUUGAUUUUUAUUCUAUUGGACUUCUCUGCAAUGAGUAACCAUGGAAUAUUCUGUUUAAUGUGUGGUAUUGAAAGUUUUAAUAAACUACUCAUGUUGAAUAAGA